AUGUCAUCUCCUGUGUCUAGGUUCACAUACACAGCAACAGGAAAACUAUCUUGCUUCUUUGUUUCAUCAUUAUACCUCAAAACAUUAAAGUUCUUCAAUAAUAUUGUCCUUCCUGCUGGAAUACUUCUAACUUGUCUGAUUUCAAUAGCUUUCUCACCUCCUACAUACUCUACCCAAUGUCUUGGAUAUUCAUAA